CCUUCUCGCUCCGCCGCCGCCGCCGCCGCCAUGGCCAUUCUGCGCACCAUGCUCUCGCCUCUGGCGCCGAGCUUCUGGUACCGCAAGCGGCCCGCGACCGACUACGACGUCGUCCUCGCGCGCCUCAGCGCCGACAUCGACGCCGCACAGACGCACCUGGCGCGCGUGCGCCAGCGCGCCCGCCGCGCCAGUGUCGCGUGGACGCUCUGGGCCGCCGUGCUCUGGCUGGCGUAUGCGGGCGCCUGCUGGGCCAUGCACCCCGUGGCGAGUGAUGCGCGCACGAUGGCCGCGCUCGUCUAUGCGCCCAUCACGCUCGUGCCCGUCUUCCUCUACUUUCUCCGCCGCAUCGUCAGCUGGUGGUACCGGCGCAUCGCCACAGCCGAGGAGCUGCAUCUGCGCACGCUGCAGCGCGAGCGCCAAGCCAAGAUCGACGAGAUCAAACGUGCGACAAAGUACGACUCGCUGCGUCUGCUGCUGGAGAAGUACGACGACUCGCCGGAAGCGCGAAAGGGACGCAUGGCCGCCGCUGGCGCGCAGACGCCCCAGACAAAGGCGCAGUUGCUGCAGCAGCAGAAGGCCGCCGCUGCGGCCAAGUCGCCAAACAGCAAGCAGGGCGCCGAGUUCCAGGGCAAAGGCGCACAAGCUGCAGCUCAGCAAGCUCAGCGCGGCGCACUCGCAGCAGGAGCGCCUGGCGCCAGUCCAGUGGCAGCGCAGCUGGCGGCGCAGGCGAUGCCGCGCACCUGGCUGGACCGCGUGGCAGAUGCAGUGCUGGGCGCGGAUGGCGAGGCCAACAAGGUGACGCCGGACGAGCAGAAGUAUGCGUUGAUCUGCAGAGAGUGCCGGUCGCACAACGGCCUGUGCCACAAGAGCGAGUGGGACGAAGUCCAGUACAUCUGUCCCAAGUGCGGCGCCUUCAACUCUCGUCGUCCCUCGAGCGCGCCCAUCUCCUCGCCGUGGGCCUCCACGACUCAGCGCCGCCAAGGCUCGGCGGCCUCGACGCCCGCGUCGCCGCUGGCUUCGUCGCGCAUCGGCGCGCAUGCGCCGCAGGGCGAGGAGAUGCGGGAGCUGCGUGGCGCGCAGACGGCAGAGGAGAAGCAGGGGCAAGAGGCGCAGCGAGAGACGGACACGGAGGAGGACAACGCACCGCCCACGAUGCCGUUGCGCGCUGGAGCGUCGCCCGCCGGCUCGCAGGAGGGCAGUCCGAAGCGCAAGGGCCUGCGUGCUCGUCGAUCUGCAGCUGCUGACAGUGCAGAGGCGAUGGAGAUGGACUAAGGCAGGGUCGCGGCAUCAGUGGCAAAGGGCCCAGAGACGAAGUCACACAAAUCACACGCACACAUGCACACAGCACACAUCACCUCUUCUGCACGCCUCAGAGUCACGCCCGAGCAUGAGUGCG